CAAAUUUGUCGCAAGGCCACUGGGUUUUCUUUUUUCUCACACUGGUAGUGCGGGGCUGCAGACUGCACACACUGUUUACAUUCAGUUUUAAAAAAUUGCUACUGGGUCAGGUUUGUUUCGGUUCAGGUCAUUCUUUUGAAAAAAUAUUUAUAAAUGUCGGGUUCAGGUAAAAAGUGAUUUUGGUCAUUUCGGGUAGGGUAAAUUUUAUUGGACCCUAAAAUAACUUUACUUAAUAUGCAAAUACAACUAUAAGUAAUAUGUACUGUAAGCUGAUUUCCUGUAAAGUGCAAACUGUCUGCUGAUUUUAGCAACAUUGCUAAAGUAACAUUAAGUAAUAUUUGCUGAACCUAUGGCAUGAGGUAGGGGUGGGAUUUUAUACCUUAAUAGCAAAUGGUGUUUAGAAAACUGCAAUUCAUUUUUUGCUAAUAUUGCAGAAAUUACACACAAAUCAGAGUGUCGUUUUGAUUCUAGCUCCAUCUCCUGGUCUUUCAUAAUGCAUUGGCGCAUCUUUUUUUUGAUCAUUUCUCUCUCCCAGUGUUUCUGUUUUUCAUUGCCCUCAUCUCAGCCCCAGCUAUGUUGGAGCAGGAGACGAUCCAGGGCGUGAUGGGUGUCAAGCCCACCGGCAUGAAAAAAAGCACAUCUAAUGUUCACGAGGAGACUUCUUACACACUGGAGUCUGUUUUAAAACAGCUGGAUGUGUCUUAUUACACGCUGCUUCAGCACGGCAAUGACGGCGAGCUCGUCCGACGUGUCAUCAAACAGCUCUUCUACAUCAUCUGCUGCGUCACGCUGAAUAACCUGCUGCUGCGCAAGGACAUGUGCUCCUGGAGUAAAGGCCUUCAGAUUAGGUAUAAUGUAUGUCAGUUAGAGGAGUGGGCUAUGGAUAAAGACCUUCAGGGCAGUGGAGCUCGUGAGAGUUUGGAGCCUCUCAUCCAGGCUGCUCAACUUCUGCAGAUCAAAAAGAAAAGCCAGGAUGAUGCUUCCUCACACGGGUUUAAAAAGAGGCCAGUGGGGUCAUACACAAAUAUACAUGACAUAAUCAUCUUUAAAGACCAGUUGUAUGUUCAGAUUCAAACCAAAGCCUUUGGAUAUCAUAGCCACACCAUCAGGACACUGUGA